GUUACGUCAGCACGUGCGAGCCGCGGGGUAGGAUCUCCGGACCAGAAGGGGUGCGCUUCUUGCGCGUGUGGGCCGGGGCUUGGCUCUCUCGGCGUUCUAGAGUUCGGACCUCAUGGCGGAGAUCAUUCAGGAGCGCAUAGAAGAUCGACUCCCCGAGUUGGAACAGCUGGAGCGCAUAGGGCUGUUCAGUCGUGCGGAGAUUAAGGCUAUCAUUAAGAAGGCUUCAGAUCUAGAGUACAGGAUACAGCGAAGAGCUCUUUUCAAGGAAGACUUUAUCAAUUAUGUUCAAUAUGAAAUUAAUCUUUUGGAGCUGAUCCAGAGAAGAAGAGCUCGCAUUGGGUAUUCAUUUAAGAAGGAUGAGAUUGAGAAUUCUAUUGUACACCGGGUCCAGGGUGUCUUCCGACGUGCUUCAGCAAAGUGGAAAGAUGAUGUUCAACUUUGGCUAUCCUAUGUAGUCUUUUGUAAGAAGUGGGCUGCCAAAGCUCAACUUAGCAAGGUAUUCUCUGCCAUGUUGGCUAUUCAUUCGAACAAGCCAGCUUUGUGGAUCAUGGCCGCAAAGUGGGAAAUGGAAGAUCGCUUAUCUUCUGAAAGUGCAAGACAGCUAUUUCUUCGAGCCCUGCGUUUUCAUCCGGAGUGCCCAAAACUUUAUCAGGAAUACUUUAGGAUGGAGCUGAUGCAUGCUGAGAAAUUGAGGAAGGAAAAGCAAGAAUUUGAAAAAGCCAAAAUGGAUGUGGGGGCUCUUGAUUAUCCUGAAGAAAUCCUUAAGGGCGAGUUGGCACGGAUCAUCUACAAAAAUUCUCUUAGCAUCAUUAAAGAUGCAGAAUUUCACGUGUCACUGCUUUCAAUUGCACAGCUAUUCGACUUUGCCAAAGAUCUUCAAAAAGAAAUUUAUGAUGACCUUCAGGCUCUGCACACAGAUGACCCCCUCACUUGGGAUUAUGUGGCACGGCGAGAAUUAGAGAUCGAGUCGCAGUCAGGAGAAGAGCAGCCUACGACAAAACAAGCCAAAGCAGUGGAGGUGUGCCGGAAGGAGGAGAGGUGCUGUGCUGUAUAUGAAGAGGCAGUAAAGACUCUCCCUACAGAGGCCAUGUGGAAGUGUUACAUCAACUUUUGCUUGGAAAGGUUUGCUAAGAAGACCAACAGUCAGUUCCUCAGAGAGAAGAGGCUGGAAAGAACCAUGAUUGCAUUCAGGAAGGCGCAUGAACUCAAACUUCUACUGGAAUUCCAAUAUAAGCAGUGGAUUGAGUUGUUGCUGCACCAUGACUUCAUUAAGGAGGCUCUGGAGGUGGUAGUGGCCGGGACCGAACUGUUUCGAGACUCUGUGACAAUGUGGCAGAUGAAGCUGCAGGUGCUGAUUGACUCCAAGAGCCCUGAUGUGGCUGCGCUUUUUGAAGAAGCCUUUGUGCACCUGAAACCCCAGGUUUGUCUGCCAUUGUGGAUUUCUUGGGCAGAGUGGAGUGAAGGUGCCCAAAGCCAAGAAGACACUGAAGCAGUCUUUAAGAAAGCUAUCUUAGCUGUCAGAGGUUCCGACUCAGUCACUCUGAAGAAUAAGUACCUGGAUUGGGCUUAUCGAAGUGCUGGCUACAAAAAGGCCAGAGCUGUGUUUAAAAGUUUACAGGAAAGCCGUCCAUUUUCAGUUGAUUUUUUCAGGAAAAUAAUCCAGUUUGAAAAGGAGCAAGAAUCCUGCAAGAUGGCGAACUUAAGAGAAUAUUAUGAGAGGGCUUUGAGAGAGUUUGGAUCUGUAGAUUCUGAUCUUUGGAUGGAUUACAUCAAAGAAGAAUUGAACCACCCCCUUGGUAAACCUGAGAACUGCGGACAGAUCUACUGGCGAGCCAUGAAAAUGUUGCAGGGAGAGUCAGCAGAGGUGUUUGUAGCUAAACAUGCCAUGCAUCAGGCCGGCCAUUUGUGAAAAGAGGAGGAGCACAGCCGGCUUGUCAGAUAGUAUCGUGAGCCCUCCAGGCAGAUUUGUAAUAAGAGUUCAUCUGCAGUUUGCUUAGAGCUGGCAGACAGGUGGCUGUCUGAUUUUGAGACAUGCUUUACUUUUGUUAAUGCGUUAAUCUUUAGUUCCAGAAAAGAAAAGAGAACUGCCGUUUAGUGGCCAGAGGCUGUUUGUUGAGGCUGGACCUACUGUAGGUCUUAAAUCUUUUCCAAAAUACAUGGAAAUCAUGCAACUGAAUUUCCUUUAUUACCUCUGGUAAAGCAUGAGUAUUUCUAAUCUAGGCCUAAUGGCCAGUUAAAAUGGAGGAGAAAGUAUAGUUCAGUGUGUUUAUUUGCUCCUUCUUAUAAAAAUAUACAUGGUAUACAUUUGUUGUAGAAAAUAUGGAGGGAAUAGAAGAACGUGGAGAAGAAAAUAAAAGCAUCCUGUAAUCCCAUCAUCUGGAGUUAAAUUUAGUAAUUUGAUUUCCUUUCUCAGAGUUGGAUUUAUACUGUUAGAUCAUUUACUCAUUCAUUCAUUCAUUCAGUGCCCAUCACAAGCAGGAAGGAAGGGAAGCUUUUUGGGAUGGAAGUAGAGGUUGGAGGAACAGCUGGAUAUCCUGAGAGAGCUGGUUGAAGCAGCAAAAGGAUUCUGGGUAUGGGGGGAAAAGUUAUCUUUUAAGAAGAUUAAGACGUUAUAAAAAUGUCUUCUGUCUCUGGGACUGAUCUGUUUGCAGUGGGAAGGCCGGCAGCAAAAGAAGGGCAGGGGUAAGGAGUAGAUUAGAGCAGCACAGAAGGGCUUCCAAGCAAGGAUGGAGGAUGGCUUGGGGCAGAGAAGGCAUUCUGGGAGCAGGGGAGGCAACUGUUUGAAUUUUAUAUCCUUUAACUUAACAUUGUGAUGUCACUGGGAGAAGCAUUCAGUGAAGUGUUAAUGUUUCACUUAAUACUAUGUUAUUUUUCUAUGUCAUUAAAUAGCCUUAGAAACAUUGAAUGAAUUCAUAACAUUCCAUUGUACAGAUGAGCCAGGACUUAUUUUUCUAAUCCCUUGUGGUUGGAUCUUGUCAUUUCUGAUGUUUUCUUACUAUAAAUGCUGUUGAUGAGGAUUUUUAUAAAUCUUUGUUCACA